UCUCAGUUGUGUCCGCAACUCUUCGGGAUUAGGAUCGAAUAUUUAUCGAUUUCGAUCGGUGUGCGUGUAAUAAAUGGUGCUAACUUUAAUAAUUCAUGGAAGACAAUAAGUGAAAACAAAAAGAACACGCUCUACUUCACGGAACGAAAAUGCGACUUAAUUAUUGUCUGAGAUUGUUGUCGGUGAUGUGUUUUUUGCCACCGGCGUUUAUAGAGUGUUCCGAAAACGACAUCAAAGAAACUUUCCCAACGAAGCCGGACAAAAAAAAUUUAAUCUAUCCGCCGCCGAAGACGCGCUUUUUCGACGAAAUUGGUCUGAUACCUCAGUCAUGUCGUUUCCGUGGAGUAAAAUACGAGUGCGGUCUGUCCAUUAGCUGCGUGUUAGGAGGAGGUCGCCCUUUAGACUUGUGUUCCGGAGGGAUGAUCUGGGCAUGUUGCGUCGACCGCGAAGUCCAAACACCUACUCACCAUCCUGACGUAGGUGUCCUCAAUAAUGCUAUGGGAUAUUACCCUCCGGACCCAGACCACCCGGAUUCCAACAGUGUGGAUAGACCGCCUUAUAGGCCCUACUACCACGACCCGGGAGACGAUAGGCCGCCGCCUUUUGAAGAUGGCUACCAGACCGAGCCUCACGUCCAACCACCUAAUGCCAGGGGUUGUGGCGAGCUGUACACGAGGAGCAACAGGAUUGUGGGUGGCCAUUCCACAGGAUUCGGAUCGCAUCCUUGGCAAGUGGCUUUAAUCAAAACAGGAUUUCUCACAAAGAAGCUGGCCUGUGGGGGAGCCUUACUCAAUGAGCGAUGGAUCAUUACAGCUGCACACUGCGUUGCAACGACCGCCAACGGGAACAUCCGAGUCAGGCUAGGGGAGUGGGAUGUGAGGGAUCAGGACGAGAAAUUAGCACAUGAGGAGUAUUCAGUUGAGCGCAAAGAGGUCCACCCUGCGUACUCGCCAUCGGAUUUCAAAAACGAUCUAGCUUUAGUAAAAUUAGACAGGAACGUGAGGUUUAAACAACAUAUUAUUCCUGUCUGUCUACCUGCACCUACAUUGAAAUUACCUGGAAAGGUGGCAACAGUGGCCGGUUGGGGCAGGACUCGCCACGGCCAAGCUACUGUGCCUUCAGUCCUGCAAGAAGUUGAUGUUGAAGUUAUUACCAAUGAUCGAUGCCAAAGAUGGUUCAGGGCUGCUGGUCGAAGAGAGACCAUCCACGACGUGUUUUUAUGUGCGGGUUACAAAGAGGGCGGAAGAGAUUCAUGUCAAGGCGACUCUGGAGGACCCUUGACAUUGACAGUGGACGGUAGGAGAACUCUUAUCGGUCUUGUUUCCUGGGGGAUAGGAUGCGGUAGAGAACAUUUGCCGGGAGUUUAUACCAACAUCCAGAAAUUUGUGCCUUGGAUAGACAAAGUCAUGAAUUGUACCUGCACCAGCACUAGUGCUGCGCUACCGGGGAGUUCAUCGACCCCCAUGGUCUUCAGGAUGGCAGAACUCUUCUUUAACCAGUCCCAACUCAACGUCGGACAGGUGAUGAACGUCAUGGGGAUGAUAGAGUUUAUUGAACUGUUUGUAUCCUCUAGUCUUAAAAAGAUGCUGCCAACAAUUUUAGUUACGUUUGCCACUUUCUUGUUGGAGUUGUGUACGACUUCCCCUGUAUAUAACAUGCAACCAGCGUUCAUCACUGCCAAUAUAGGUACUGUAGGAAGAAAUAUUCGAAAUCUACCCUGUAUUUCGAGAAAAACCAACCAAAGUGGUGUUUGCAUGUUUGCAAUAGAUUGUCUAAAAGCGAAUGGCACACAUUUAGGAACUUGUAUAGAUCGCUUUUAUUUCGGCUCGUGUUGUCAUAUAGAACCUGUUAAUGAUAUCAUAGAUAAUACAAUAGAUGAUAUAAUCCCAGCACGAGAACCACCACAAAGACUUUCGAGUACUAUCAAACCAAUAACUACAACAACUAAAACUGAGAAAACACCAUCAACUAAAACAACAACUACGACACCUGCGACAACAGCAACUAGAAAAGUGUUUACAACAAACACGACUACGACAACAACAACAACAACCACAACAACAAAAAAACCAUCACCACCGUCAACAAUAAUAACAACAACAACAACAACAGAAAAAUAUGUGCCUUUAAAACAAGAAGAAGCUACAACAGUUGGUUACAAAUUAACCACGUUUCAAUCGGUUGACGGAAGCAUUUCUGUUGAAACGACAACAACAAGCUCUAAAACGACCCAUAAAUCUAAACCAACCAAAGUAACUCCAAAACCGACGAAAAGUACCCCUAAACCUGUUCGAACUACAAUUAGUACAAAAAAACCUACAAGUAAACCUGUACUAAAUACGACGAAAAAGCCAGUUCUAACUACAGGUACAACGCGACGACCUACUACAACAAUAACUACAACAAAAACAACAACAACACGUAGACCGAGUACUACAACAGCUGUACGGAAACCAAAUACUUCAACAACGCAGAAACCCCCCACAGUUUCUACUCGUAGGCCUUCUACAACUUCUACUCGAAAACCUACAGUUUUCACUCGUAAAUCGACAACAACAACGAAACCAACCAAACCUAGUACUACAACAGUUACGACUAAACGACCUGUUGAUACUAAACCAACAACUCGUCCAGUAAAAAUUACGACAACAACCACCACAACCACGACAAAAAAAACUAGUACUGUAGCAACUACAACUCCUAAACCCACAACUAUAGUAAUCAGGAACGUGACUCAAGCGUCUGAAAGUAACGAAAUCGAAACCGUGUCUUCCUCAACCGUGAAACCACCAAGUACCACCGCCGGUUCAAUAGUCACUUGGACCAUCGUCAACAACGAGAAAAAUGUUUCGGCACCAACGACUUCCAGUUCCGUUAACAGUACAAGUGAAGAAUGGCUCCCUUUGACAACUCCAGACCACUGGGUUCCCCUGCCCAGCGUCCAGGCCAGUACCCAAGCAGCGUCUCCUUCCACAACCGAUAAACCGUCGACGACUGAAAGUGCAAGUAAACCGUCCAUCACGUAUAUACCAUUGGAAUCUACAACCUCUUCAGUGACCUUGAAUGUGUCGACUGUGGUCACUGAAGGAGUUGUUAUAUCGCAGUCGACACCUACCAGCUCUACUCCUCCUUCGGCGACGGGGGGAUCCGACACGGAAAUUCGGCCGGUCAACAUGAGUGACUUCACGGAUGUUUGCGGACGAAGGAUGUAUCCUGAAGGGAGGAUAGUUGGAGGAGAAAAAUCAUCUUUUGGAAAAUGGCCGUGGCAGAUCUCCUUGAGGCAAUGGAGAACUUCUACAUAUCUACACAAGUGUGGGGCUGCUCUCCUCAACGAGAACUGGGCUAUAACCGCUGCUCAUUGCGUCGAUAACGUCCCACCUAGUGACCUACUUCUGCGACUGGGCGAACACGACCUAUCUACAGAAUCGGAGCCCUACUUGCACCAGGAACGGCGCGUGCAGAUUGUUGCAUCGCAUCCCCAGUUCGACCCCAGGACCUUCGAAUAUGACCUAGCCCUGCUGCGGUUCUACGAGCCUGUCACAUUCCAGCCGAAUAUCUUGCCAGUCUGUGUUCCUCAAUCAGACGAGAACUUUGUAGGAAGGACAGCCUACGUCACAGGAUGGGGGCGUUUAUACGAGGAUGGUCCCUUGCCGAGCGUUCUCCAAGAAGUGUCCGUCCCUGUAAUCAACAAUUCAGUAUGUGAAUCAAUGUACCGCUCCGCCGGCUACAUCGAGCACAUCCCCCACAUUUUUAUUUGCGCGGGAUGGCGAAGGGGAGGUUUCGAUUCGUGUGAGGGCGACUCGGGAGGACCCAUGGUGAUUCAGCGCGAGGACAAGAGAUUUCUUCUUGCAGGAGUAAUCUCCUGGGGAAUCGGAUGUGCCGAACCGAACCAGCCCGGAGUCUACACCAGAAUCAGCGAAUUCAGAGACUGGAUUAACCAAAUUUUACAGUUUUAAUGUGAUCUGAUCGUAGCUCAACCGAAGUCAACGGAAGUGGAGAAGAAAGUGCGAUUUUCAAUCCUUUCAUGCAAAUUGGUUGAUAUUGAUUUUCUUGCACUGCUUGCUAUAAAUAAAUUCUGCAUGCAACAGUUUACAGCGUAGAAAAUUUCAGAAUUUUAUGCACUUACUAAUGCAAUAUUUUGUGAUGUGGAGACUUUUGCAAAACAGAUGUUUAAAAAAAAGUUAAAAGGAUGGAUAGUUUUAAGAAAAAGCGAUUGUAAAAAAUAAAAAAUAUUCAGUAAUAUAGUUAUUAUGAAGGAACUUAUUUAAAAAUUGAUAAAAAGAGUUAAAAAUUUGUGAAAAUACAGUUUAACUUUUUUGGUCGAUGAAAUUUGUAAUUAUAGAAAGUACGAACGAUAUUGUUAUUUUUAUAUUAAUGUAAAUAGAGGUGCGUGAAUCUAAUUUUUGUACUGUAAAUGAAUAAAAUAUUUAUUUAUUUA